UAAAAACAUAUUUUGACACUUAAGUGGAGCCAUGAGGGUGGGAUGGUGUGACCGAAUUCCUGCGCUGAGAUUGGUCGAAGUUCUGUGAGACUGCCGAGUGACGAUUCGCCACUUUCACUCCCUCGGCCAAUCGGAGCGAGGCGUUUGCGCUUGCUUCCGCCUCUACAACGGGCAUCCUCCAAUGGGUGUCUACUAGCGAGCGCCACUCACCUAUCAGUGCGGUAGGGUGACCGGUGCUCGCUGCUGUUUGGCUUUUUUUUUUUAUUUAAACAAACUAAUGUCCGUGGAAAGUCUGAUAACAUUUGUGUUAAAAGACUAAAUCUCUUAUAUCAUAUACAGUCAUAGAGCACGAGUGGACACGAUGGAGCCCCUGCUCUGGGUCGCUUUUUGGGCAAUUUUGCUGCUCCUCCUGUGGGUCCGCGUGAAAGGUGUCGACUAUGUGCUGGUUCACCAGCGGUGGAUGUUCGUGUGCUUGUUCUUGCUGCCUCUGUCCGUCGUGUUCGACGUGUACUUCUACGUGCGAGCUUGGCUCAUCUUUAAAAUGUGCUCGGCUCCCAAACUGCACGAGCAGCGCGUGCGUGACAUCCAGAGACAGGUCCGCGAGUGGCGGAAGGAGGGCGGCAGGGGCUUCAUGUGCACAGGCCGACCCGGCUGGCUCACGGUGUCCCUGCGGGUGGGCAAGUACAAGAAGACGCACAGGAACAUCGCCAUCAACAUGAUGGACAUCCUGGAGGUGGACACGAAGAGGCAGGUCGUGCGAGUGGAGCCCCUGGCCAACAUGGGUCAGGUGACGGCGCUCCUCACCUCCAUUGGCUGGACGCUGCCUGUGCUCCCCGAGCUGGAUGACCUCACCGUUGGUGGCUUGGUGAUGGGCACCGGCAUCGAGUCGUCCUCGCACAUUCACGGCCUCUUCCAGCACAUCUGCGUGGCCUACGAGCUGGUGCUGGCCGACGGCAGCUUUGUGCGCUGCACUGAGGACGAGAACUCCGACCUCUUCCACGCGGUGCCGUGGUCCUGCGGCACUCUGGGUUUUCUGGUGGCGGCCGAGAUCAGGAUCGUACCCGCCAAGCCGUGGGUGAAGCUGCGCUACGAGCCGGUGCGAGGCCUGGAGAACAUCUGCCGCCGCUUCGCCGAGGCGUCCCGAGACAAGAGGAACGCUUUCGUGGAGGGCAUCCAGUACACGCUGGACUCCGCCGUCAUCAUGACGGGCAGCAUGAGCGAGCACGCCGAGCCCGGCAAGAUCAAUCGAAUCGGCUUGCACUUCAAACCCUGGUUCUUCAAGCACGUGGAGGGGUACCUGACGGGCGGCCAGGUCGGAGUGGAAUACAUCCCCCUCCGCCAAUACUACCACAGACACACACGCAGCAUCUUCUGGGAGCUCCAGGAUAUUAUCCCGUUUGGCAACCACCCGGUGUUCCGCUGGCUCUUGGGAUGGAUGGUCCCCCCCAAGAUCUCCUUGCUGAAGCUGACGCAGGGAGAAACCAUCCGGCGGCUGUACGAGCAGCACCACGUGGUCCAGGACAUGUUGGUGCCUAUGAAGCACCUGCAGUCGGCCAUCGCGCGCUUCCACGAGGACAUCAAGGUUUACCCUCUCUGGCUCUGCCCGUUCCUCCUGCCACCUGGCAGGGGCAUGGUCCACCCCAAAGGUGAAGAGGAAGAGCUGUACGUGGACGUGGGCGCGUACGGCGAGCCCAAAGUCGAAGAUUUUGAGGCGACGGCAUCGACGCGGCGGCUGGAGAAAUUCGUCCGCGACGUGCACGGGUUCCAGAUGCUCUACGCGGACGUCUACAUGGACCGGGACGAGUUUUGGGAGAUGUUCGAUGGGCAGCUGUACCACAAACUGAGACGGGAGCUCGGCUGUAAGGACGCUUUCCCGGAAGUUUACGACAAAAUCUGUAAGGCCGCCAGACACUGAACGCCCACAGCCGCGGGCCGUGGCAGGUUUUAUGCCGCGUAAAGGAACGCCAAGUUGUCUUAAUAAUUGCGCCACGCGUCUUUUCACUUUCAUGUUUCAUCAAAAGAUCUUUCUAACUGUAAAACACAGUGUGCCUUUUAUGUGAAAAGUAAUCACUUCAAUCGCACUCUAUCACUACUUGGCAGAUCGACAAACAUUAUUUUGGGGAUGAAAAAACAUUUUUCUAUCAUGUUUUUUUGCCAAACAUUGUUCUUAUCAAUAAAUAUGUUUCUGUA